AUGCGAGUACUACAGUUGAUCUAUGUCGCUGCACUCGUAUUACGCUGCGCUGCUGUUAAGACCGCUACCAAGUCCCACACGACCAGCACAGUGAAAAUCAACUCGGAAGCGGAUGCUGUGUCGCGCGUGUUAGCUACGCAAGCCACGCGAUCUCUCCGACAGAUUGAUCAAGAGAAGCUGGCUGAAGAUGAUGACGAAGAUGAAGAGAGAGGCUUCAGUAUCUCAGGUCCAGUGGAGACAAUUGUGACAAAAGCGCGAACUGGAUUGAAAUCAGUGCUCACUAAGAUAUCUAUUGAGCGCGUACUGUUAGCGAGCCAACUGUCAGAAAGGUACCCAUACGCUCAAGGUUUGAGUCUCUCGACGCUGAAGCAGUUGGCCACCAUCGAGAAAUUGAGGAAGAUCGAUAUCGAAAAGGGCAUCAAGGGCUCCAAGUUGACGCCUGGUAGCAUGCGUAGGAGUAUGGAGAAAUUCCCAGGUAUGAGCACGGUUCCUAGACAGUUUCUCGAGUCUCAUGUGGGCCGUGAAGGUCAGCGCUUUGGUAGAGAUGGCAGUCGGUUGCUAUCCGCGGGGGUUGUUACACGUGUUAAUGAGAAGGGAGAACAUCAGAUGCUUCUGAUUUCGAGCUCGAACCCGAAAAAAAGUGACUUUCUACCUCUUGGGUGA